CGGUCGGUAAACCACCAGUCUCUUGCCGACAAUGUCCCAACUUCAUCACGCACAAUGUGUCCACCCCAACUCAAUUGCUGCAGCAGGGAGGCAGGUGCAGAGUGAGAAGGGGUGACUACAAGUCGGGUUCCAGAAGUGAGCACAGGGACGCUGUUCUAAGCGUGUGAAGUGUCGGAGGAGAUUUUGGGUCACACCAACUAGUGCGUUCAUCUUGAUGGACUCGCUAUGGGGAGUGUUGGCACUGCUAUUCUGCAUGGUCAGUGUUCCUGGUGCGUGGAGUGUGGUAGAUCCUAAAACUGACUUCCUGCACCUCGACUGUGGCGCCUCAAAAGAGUACACAGAUAAGCAUGGCAUAACAUGGCAUCCAGAUGAUGCUUUCGUAUCAACUGGAAAAAUCGCGCGCAAUCUACCCAACACCGACUGGCCAGAGGAAAAGGCUCUUCGCUACUUCAAAGGAGAAUCCCGUACCAAGAAUUGCUUCACACUUCCAGUAAAACCCAGAAGUAUUUAUAUUAUGAGACUUGGAUUCUAUCAUGGAGGCUACGACAAAUCCAUGUCCCCACCUAGCUUUCAAUUAGGCUUGGAUUCCACAAUUUUCGAGACUGUCUCAAUUCUAGAUGUGUCUGAUAGGUUCAUACAUGAGGUGACAUUUCAGACUGCGGCUAGGAACGAAACAUCGCUUUGCCUUGUGCAGGAUCCAAGUGGUAGUACCCCCUUCAUCUCUAAUAUUGCACUCCGUGCUAUUGAGAAAUCGAUGGUAUCUGAGUUUAUAACUGGUUGGUUGGAUACUAACCAGAUAGUGACCACCCAGACCCGUUUCUAUCUUGGCGGCUCACAAAUUAACAAAAAUAUCAUAAAGCACCUUGGCGAUCCUUACGAUCGGUACUGGUAUCCAUCCGCCAAUGGAUCCUACACAAAUUCUUAUCCGAUGAGGUAUGCCAGUAUUAUUUCAUGUACUUCUACGCCAGUUGGUAUUCAAGCAAAAAGUGACACGAGAAUUGGCACAUCUUCGGUUCCAAUUUAUCUGAGUGAAACCCCUCAAGACGUUUUGCGUAGUGGGAUGACAACCAACGGGAACCUCACAAUUGACUUGGACUCAAGCGUAUCUUUCAAAGCAUAUAUACAAUAUUACUUUGUAGAGCUCGACUUGACAACCAACAAAACGGAUCGAAGCUUCUACCUAGUUGGACCUGGAGAAACUGAGCCUUUCCUGGUGAAUGUGGUAAAUCGAACAAGAGAAACAUUAAAGCUAUAUGGUGUUUAUAACGAUAGCGCCAAUAUUGGACCUGGGUCGAAAAAUUUCUUCUAUCCCGAUCCGUUCCGAACAUCGAUGAAAGGUCCCAUACUGACCGCCAUGGAGAUCUACAAAAUUUGCGACCCACUGGUUGCACCUACAAACGAUCGGGACUGGGCUGCAAUCGAGAGCAUCAAGGUGGACAUGAAUUUGACAAGUUGGCGAGGCGACCCUUGUCUCCCAAAACCUCACCAUUGGAUCAAUUGUAGUUCAGUGGACAAAACGGAAAAUCCAGCCGUUCUUACAGUAGUACUAUCAGCAGAAAACUUAACUGGAGCCAUCUCACCCAGCUUCAACGACCUUCUAGACCUCACCACCUUGAAGUUGGAUGGCAACUCUCUGACGGGGCAACUACCUGACUUGAGUGCCUUGACGAACUUGAAAACAUUACAUUUACAAGACAACGCACUGAGUGGACCGCUUCCAGAGUGGCUUGCUUUUCUACCAAAGCUUCGCGAGUUGAUUGUGCAGAACAACAACUUCAGUGGCAAAAUCCCCUCAGCGUUCUCGAGCAAGAAUUGGAAUUUCACCUACUACGGAAAUCCGCUCUUGAAUGCGACACUGCCAGCAUCGCCUUCAACCAAUACUGCAGCCAUUGUAGGUGGAGUGGCAGGAGGAGUGGCAUUUGUGGCGAUCGUGGUUGCUCUUGUGUACUACUUAGUUUGCCGUCGAAAUCGUCGUCCUGCAAAAGAUAUGGACACCCUAAUAGUUGGAAAUUCGAAUCCAAACAUUGUAAGCAAGGAGAUCAACAUCAACCUAACUUCAAACAUUCAUGGAGGUGCCCGAAAAUUCUCUCCCGACGAGAUCGUUGCUGCAACGGCCAACUACAAGAAGGUGAUCGGGAGAGGAGGCUUCGGCCCCGUGUACUACGGCAGGUUGACGGAUGGCAGAGAAGUUGCAGUGAAGGUCCUCGAUAAAGAAUCUCGCCAAGGGGAGACAGAGUUCCUCAACGAAGUCGACAUUCUGUCCAGAGUCCACCACAAGCAUCUUGUAAAUCUUGUAGGAUAUUGCAGAGUACCAGGGAUGCAGAUGAUGUUGAUCUACGAGUAUAUCCACAGGGGCUCCCUGCGAGACCAUCUCAGUGGUACAGUCACAUCUGAGGGCUCUGCCAAUUCUGGACCGGAUGUGCUGGACUGGAAGACCCGACUUAACAUUGCCCUCCAUGCAGCAUCAGGGUUGGAGUACCUACACAAAGGGUGCAGUCCGAGUUUGAUACACCGUGAUGUGAAGAGCAGCAACAUCCUCAUCACCACCAAAUACGAAGGGAGACUGACAGACUUUGGGCUGUCAAGGCUCGUUGGUGAUGAGGACAUAACAAAGGUCGUCACGUUUGUCAAGGGCACAGCUGGGUACCUGGAUCCAGAGUACUUCUCCACAAAUGUGCUCUCUGCCAAGAGCGACGUCUUUAGCUUCGGAGUGGUACUUCUGGAAUUGAUCACAGGACGUCUGCCCGUCGACCGGUCGAAGCCGACGGAAUGGAACAUCUGUGACUGGGUUCGGGCGAGUCUGGCGCAAGGGAAUAUCGAGGCUAUACUGGAUCCUGCGGUGAGAGCGUCUCAUCCGAAUGUCGAUGCGCUUUGGAAAGUUGCUGAGAUUGCGUUGCAAAGCGUGGAGCCCAGAAGCAAACAUAGGCCAACGAUCAACGAAGUGGUGCUGGAGCUGACGGGUGCCAUAGCUUUGGAAGGUUCUGCGAGUAACGACAGUAGUUAUGGUAACUUCUCAUCCUCUGCCGAAAUCCACGGAACCCAAUUCCUCCCCUGGGCCAGGUAGAGUGUGCACAUUUUGGAUUGUAAUGUCCGUUGUGCAGAGUACAGUGUGUGGAUUUCUUCGACCUUGGAAUCGGUUGAUGCUUGUAAGAUGUUAAGGAUGGGAGAAAUUUUGUUAGGUACGUGCAACAGAUUUGGUGUUUUGGUUUUUAAUGCAGCUCAGAUCAUGCUUAGGGAUUGUAGAUGUAAUAAGAAAUUUUAUGCACAAGUCAUGAUACCAUUAAUUACUUUGCAUAGAAUACAGCAUGACUGACAUCGUCCAAAUUGAAGUAAUCAGGGUCAUUGGAACUGUAUUGUAUUACUUAAGCUCUUGAUUUGAUGCAAAUCUUGAGUCUAUGAUUGAAUUGGAUUAACGAUUCUGCAGUGUACAACACCCUAUUGGUUUAUGCACUGGAUUUGGAUA